GGUGUUUGAAUAAAAACAUACUAAGUUGGAAAGUGCAUCUCCCCUUCUCACCCCCUUAAAAAAAAAGAGUACAAAAUAUAGCUUGCAAGCAGGUGUAGCUCUUGGCAGAACUGAACCAGAUGGCAUUCCUUGUGUGUCCCCUGCGCUGCCUGUUUUUACUGGUAGUCAUCUCCGAGCCCAUGGCAGCAGCUGCAGCUGCUGCUUCGCUUCCUGUUCCAGAAGGUCUUGUGUGGAAAGAUGGCAAGUAUUUUCAGGCACCAACAGAUAUAAAAAAGAGCGAGCUGCUUGCUUUCCUUUCUGGGCUGGCCAGCUGGGCAUCUCGCGCAGAUGAGACACCACUAACAAGGCAGGAGAAAGUUGUGCUCAGCCCUCGGGAAGAGAGAGCGCCUUUGCCUCAGCCCCCAGCCUGGGAAAAGGCACCCUGUAAGAACUUCUUCUGGAAGACUUUCUCCUCCUGCUAACUAAAUAGGGGGGAGGGGGAAACACUUCCUGGAAUGUUCCCAGAGCACCAGUGGACUUGAGAUGAGUAUUAUCGAUGACUUCUCUCCUUGGGGAGAAAGCUCUGUUGUGUAAUUAAGAUUUCUCCUUCCUUUUUGUUGAUAUUAGAUGUGUGCAUAGAGAGCCAAAUCUAUAUAUGCUUAAAUCUCGACUCGUGUACAGAAGUGAUUGUAGGGCCUUUAGCUGGUGUUCUGCAUCUCUUGUUCAGGUUGUUCAUACCGCAUGCAAGAUGUAUAUUUGCCAGAAAAUAACUUUUAUACAUUUUCAACAAAUUCAGAGCGCUGGGUUCUGUGUUUGUGCAGUGCCACUAGCAUCAAAAGGGAGAUGUGUGCUCCUUGCUCUCUGUUACUUUGUGUUAUGAAUGUGUUUGGGCUGCCUAUGGCAUUGGAGAGCUGGAGAGAGGAAUGUGUUCCCCAUUUGAUUUCCAGCUUGCAUAUAUACAUCUAGAGAAACUUUGCUGUCAAUUACCUUGGGCUUCUGCUUAUUGUAAUAGGAAGUGGGGAAAAACUUGUAGAUCAACCCAUAUAAGAACUGCCCUAUAACCAAGACUAUGUGUGUGUGUGUGUGUGUUUUAAAUCAGAAUUAUUCUGUUCAUUACAUUUUUAUGCUACCCUUCUUCUCAGCUUACAUUGGUGGUUUCCAGCCUUUUUAGUAUGGCGAUCCACAAGUCCAGAUUUACUUGGUAUGGUAUGGUGAUUUAUUGUCACAUGAAUUUUUGAUCUUAGGUCUUCUCUGCCAGAGAGCGGAUCCCAAGUGGUAAAAUAUAAGACUCAAGCCUUUCCAAUGUUUAGUUACAAGUGUCAACACGGUAUUAUAAUAUGCCAACAAAAGAAAAAGUUUUAUAGCCUUGGUUUCUCUUUGGAUGCUACUUAGCAUUGCAGGUAAGAUGGCAACAGAAACCUCUUCCAGGUAUGUCUGGAACUUUGUGUUUAUUUAAAAUUAGAGCAUGGAAACCAAAUCCUUAAAUGUUUUUUUAUACAGUUGUAGGAAACAAUAAUGAUGGCUGCUCAUUGGUGGAUUGAAAUGUUCUCUGCCAAGCUACAUAACCUUGAAUGAAUUGACAGCGUUUGUAAGAGAGAGGGGAAUGAGCAAAAACACAUACAAAUUGGGGAAGGUUUCAGCUGUUCUUUACAGACUCUUGCCAACAAGCUAAGGAGUGUUGUCCCAACUUGUCUUCUCUGCUGUUUGCCAGUGCUGAGCUUGUCUCCCAGUACAAAUAGUCUUUAGAUUCUGAAAUAAAAAUGUUGCGUGCAUACAUAACCUUUGUGCUGUAUUCUAUACAGGGAAAGCAUGGAGAUAUGAUUACAUGUGCAUCCUUUCUUAACAACAUUUAAUUUAGUGCCUCCCUGAGCUGACUUGGCUCAAAUGGUGUGGGCCAAGUUUACAAACAUUUUUUUGUGUGUGAAUUGGAUGGGAAGUGAUACCAGCUACCCUUUAUCUCCAUCCACUCUCUCAACCUCAUGUAUAAUAAUGUUCUCUCCCUCUCUGCCCGUUAUGUGCCCUUUUUUUGUAAACAUAAAAGCCCCAAAUGUUGUGACCUUUCCUCAUAGGUGAAUUGCUCCAGCUUUCUGAUAAUUUUGUUUGCUCUUUUCUGUAUCUUUUCCAGCUAUUACAACCUUUUUUUAAAAA